UAAGAAGGUAUCUCCCCUAAAACUACUCCAUAUAUAAAAAGUAACAUGUAUAAACUAUAGAAGUAACAUACCUAAACUAAAAAAAAGUACUUCGUCUAAAAUUAUAAAAAAAAGUAACAUGUCUAAACUAUAGAAUUAACAUACUUAAACUAAGAAGGUAUCUCCCCUAAAACUACUCCGUAUAAAAAAAGUAACAUGUAUAAACUAUAGAAGUAACAUACCUAAACUAAAAAAAGUAUCUUCUCUAACAUUAUAAAAAAAAGUAACAUGUCUAAACUACAGAAGUAACAUACCUAAAUUCGCAAGUGUGAACUUCUGUACCUUUGGGCUCUAAUCCUCUACUCAACUGCUCAACAUGCCGAACAGGGCCGGAGUACAGUAAAUCAGCAGUAAAAGUUGGGCCUAAUACUCCGGAUCAGUUAUUUGUAGACCCUAGCACUCUAAUUUCUGCCAAUAAAAUACCUUCCUUGAGCCCAUUUAUAGUAGAAAGUAAAAACCGCCAAUAAGAAAUUAAAUUGAAGAUAGAUUUUUGGAGAGGCGGGAAUUAAUAUUUCUACACCUUGCAAAUCGACGCCACUGAAACAGUAAACCGCUUCUUCUUCUCUUUUCCUAAAAAAUUGGAUUAAACGACGCCAUUGAAACAGUAAAACUGACGGCACAGAAACAGUAAAACCGACGGCGACGUUAGUCUUGAUGUUCUAUUAUGGGAUGGAGGGAUUAGAGAUGGAUGCUGAUGUAAAACCUCCGAAAAAAGAGUUUAUUCCCAAGACAUCGAUAUUUUCUUUGAAAGACAAAACACGUUUAAGAGAGAUUGAACAAGUUGAAGAUUGUUUUAUCUUAGAGUUUGAUCCUUAUGAAUCUGUUACUCCCUUUUCAACACUUUCGAAUCUACUAUAUGACCCUGAUGCUGAUCUUGCCAUUAUAAGUGAAAAGGCCGAGGUUGCGUGUAGGGAUUAUCCACAUGCAAGGCAUCUUUGUGCUAUUUACUCUUUUCACCACACUAGUCGCUACGUUCAUUGCAACAAGUGUUAUUGCUAUGUUUGUGACGCGCCAGCACCUUGUGUGCAAUGGAUGGAUCAAUCAACUUACUUCAUGCAUUGUGAAGCAACUCCUGAUGUUCAAAUAUGGAGAGACUUGAGGAACUCGGUUAAGAGAAGAAUAUAUGCUAGUUUUGAUGAAUGUUUUUCGCAAGUUGAUCAGCUAUGUUAUGAGGCUAACCACAAUAUCCACACUAGUCUCCAAACUCAAGGCAUCUGAACUUGUUGAUCCUACGACUUUUGCUUAUGAUUAUUUAUAGGCUCUUUUUAAGAGUGCUUAAUUAGAGUCGAAUCCUUAGUUUAACAUGCUUAUACUAUAGUGUUUGAUGUCAUAAGAUUUUCUGCGUAUUUAGUGUAUAGAUUAGACAUGCAUCAAAGAGUACUGUUGCUUUGUAAAUUUGUUUCUUUUUUGCCAUUUUUGCGCGCUAUUUAGAAAAAUACCACAUUUAUAAAAAAAUACU